CCGCCAGAUGCCCGAUGGUGGCCGGGCUCGCCAGGUGUAGAUAUGCGCGUCCUGCUUCUAGUGGCGGCCCUCGCGGCCCUGGCGGCGCCGCCGCUCGCGGCCUCCGUGGACGUCGAGCACUACCGAGGGUACAAGCUGCUGACGGCCACCCCCAAGGAUGAGGCCCAGGUGGGCGUGGUGCGCGCGCUGGGCGCGUGGCGCGACGUGGACCUGUUCACGCACCGCGUCGUGCCCGGCGCCGACGCCGUGCUCAUGGUGCCGCCCGCCAGCCUCCCCGCCGCGCAGAGGGUGCUGGCCGACAAGGGCGUGCAGUACGACGUCACCAACCACGACGUGCAGGAGUCCGUGAACGACGAGAGGGACCGCCAGCACAAGGCGCUGACCGCCAGGGCCCACACGGCCAUCCCCACGUUCCAGCGGUACAUGCGGUACGCCGAGAUCGCGACCUACCUGCAGCAGACGGCCAAGAGCUACCCCAACCUGGUGACGCUGAUGAACGCCGGCAAGACCUACGAGGGCCGCGACAUGCUGGGCCUGAGGAUCUCCACGUCGGGCGGCAAGUCCCGGCGGGGCAUCAUCGUGGACGCGGGCAUCCACGCGCGGGAGUGGAUCUCGCCGCCCGUCGCCAUCUACCUCAUCCAGCAGCUCACCGAGCACCAGAGCGCCAACAGCGCGCUGCUGGCCGACCUGGACUGGUACAUCAUGCCCGUGGCCAACCCCGACGGCUACGAGUACACGCACACCAGGGAGCGCUUCUGGCGCAAGAACCGCAGCACCAAGAACAGCCGCUGGUGCCCGGGCACCGACCUCAACCGGAACUUCGGCUACCACUACCGAGAGAGCGGGGCCAGCGACUGGCCGUGCGACGAGACGUACGCCGGGCCCAGCGCCUUCUCCGAGAUCGAGUCGGCCAACAUCAGGGACUGGAUCCUGCAGUGCAACGCCGCCAAGAACGUCAAGGUGUACCUCACCUUCCACAGCUACGGCCCGAUGAUCCUCUACCCGUGGGGCUACGCCAACGACAUUCCCCCGGCAGACGACACCGCUGAACUGCUGGCCAUCGCCAACGAGGCCAACGACGCCAUGAUCAAGGCGGGCUCCGAGAAGUUCGAGGUGCAGAACAGCGCAGGACUGUACCCCGCGGCCGGCGCGAGCGACGACUGGUCCAAGGGGGUGGCGGACAUCCCCAAGGCCUACACCAUCGAGCUGCCGCCCGGCGGAAAGAACGGCUUCGACAUGCCGGCCAACAGGAUCGUCGGCGUGGUGCAGAGCGUGUUCGAGGGCAUCAAGGUCUUCGCCGCGCACGCCAAGCUACUCUAGACAAAUUACAUUUCCUUUCUGCAACGA